AUGUUCAGUUGUAAGCAGUUUGGUGGUUAUCCGACUCUCCUACAAUGCUGGAUUCAUGAGUAUUUUCCAACACUUGGGAAAAGAGGAGAGAACUGGGUACCAGCUAAUAAUGUGGGUCUCCCUCGAGCGAUAAGAUGGUCCUAUAGGCAAGGUGCCUUGAAGGUGGAUGACUUGCGACCUAUUUUGGACGAGUUGACACCUGCCGAUGUCAUAUGGCGCCCAUUCGAGAAUCAUAGAGUAUGGCGUCAGUUUGAUGAGUUAUGUCUCUAUAGGGGGUGUCUGAGGUGGGGUGACACUAUUGUUCCAUACUUGCCUGACAAAUGUAUGCGUCAGUUUAGAUACAGGCAGUAUGUUCGACAUCCACAUCUUGAUUCUCAAAUGGAUGGUGAUAUUGAUUUGAUUAGUUACCAUCAGAGCGUUCAGGAUGUGAUUCGUCCGACAACACCGACCACCACCCCAUAUGAGACAGAUGAUGGGUAUCUUAAGUGGUAUUAUCGUGUUUCCCAUCCUCAUCUGGUACCGCCCAGUGUUGAUGCGACAAGAGAGAUGCUAGUUCCUGUAUAUGAAGCAGGACCAUCUGAUCCUAUAUUGGCUCGUAUGUCUUCAUUGAUUCAUCAUUAUCUUUAA